AAGAAACGAACGCGAAUUCGAAAGAUGAAAAAGAAACGGAGGAAAACCGUACGAUAAUUGCCGUAUCGUCCACUUCUGUUGCAGAUGACAAAUGCGCUUCAGUGGAAUUAAAAACGAGUGAUGAACGAUCGGAAUUUGUUAUGGACAAAAUUGAUGAAUUAAAUUCAACCAAAACAAUUCCGCUCGUUAGCGAUAACGUUAAUUUGUUAGACACAACUUAUAGCAAUAAAACAAAUUUGGAAACUAAUCGGAAAAGUUUAACUGCGAUGUUCUUGGAAAAGAAGAAUUUGGCGGAAAAAGCAGAUCUAAUCGAAGGUUUGAAAAAAAGGUCAUGCAACAGUGAACUUCCAAAUAUCAGAAUCACUAAGGAAGAAGGACCAGUACGGCAAUCAUUGCUCAGUUUAGUUAUGGAUGAGGAUGUUCCAGAAUUAAUGGAAGCCAUGGCCGAAAAGUUAGAAUUCGUCUUCGAAGAUCUCACGCCAUCUGUAUCCAACGCUGGGGAAGGAAUAUUGCGCAACUCAGCGAAGCGUUCACGUUCACGUCCGAGAGAAGCAAAACUAGAAUUUCAUUCAUCAUCACCAACAGUGUUCACAUAUCCCGAUGAAGAAUCAGCUGUUGAGAAGGCACAGUGGGAUGAAGGCAAAUUGAUCACUUUUACAGUUUAUCGAGAACUCUGCGAAGGAAAAAAAGAACGGUUGGUAGACGACAAUUACAAAUUUCAAAGUCUUUUAGAACCUUCACAAAUUGCGAAUAAUACAGAAUUUCCAUUCGUAAGAACAGCAACAUUAAUGGAAGAACCAUCAAUGGCUGAAAGUUUACUAGGUGUUACGGGUCGUAUCUCAUACAACAGUGCUCCCAUCGAUUUAGCUCGAUUCAAUAAAAAUACAGUGUAUGUAUCAUCAAUUUCACAUAUACGAAAAUAA